AUGAACAUUGUUUAUAACAGCGCUGCCACACUUCCGGUGACCGUCCGCUGCUGUGAAGACAACUUGAAGAUUGACCGGACCAUCUGCCGCUUUGUGCUGCCGAUAGGGGUCACCAUCAACAUGGACGGCACCGCCAUCUUCCAAGUCGUCACCGUCGUCUUCAUUGCACAACUGAAUGCGAUACCUCUAAACGUCAUCGACAUCUUCAUUAUCUGCUUAUGUACAACUUUGACCAGCGUUGGCUCGGCAGGGAUCCCCGGGGGCGGCUUUGUAACGCUGUUUGUGAUCAUGUCCGCCGUCGGCCUGCCUCCUGAUGACGACUACUUCGUCCUGCCCAUUGUCUGGCUCCUGGGCCGUGUCAUCACCAUGGUGAAUAUCAGCGGAGACUGUGUUGCCGCGGCCCUCCUUGCUCACUACUUCCCCCGACAAGGUGCUGGAGCUGUACACAGGGAGCAAAAAGAGAACAUGAUAGAACACGCAGACAUUGUGUAA